AUGGGACCAGAGAAUGAUUCCCGUGUUUCCGGAUUUCUCCUUCUGGGAAUUUCAGAAGACCCCAGGUUGCAGCCUGGUCUCUUUGGGUUGUUUCUGUCCAUGUAUCUGAUCACAGUGCUCGGGAAUCUGCUCAUCAUCCUGGCCACCGCCUCCGACCCCCGUCUGCACACGCCCAUGUACUUCUUCCUCUCCAACCUGUCCUUCGUGGACGUCUGCUUCACCUCUACCACCGUCCCCAAGAUGCUGCUCAACCUCCACACGCACAGCCAGGCCAUCAGCUACGAAGAGUGCAUCACCCAGACACAUUUUUUUGUCCUCUUUUCCGGGUUGGACAUCUUCCUGCUGACCGUGAUGGCCUACGACCGCUUCGUGGCCAUCUGUCACCCGCUGCGCUACACGGCCAUCAUGAGCCCCCGGCUGUGUGUGGGGCUGGUGCUGGGCUCCUGGCUCAUCAACAUCACCGAUUCUCUUCUGCAGAGCUUCAUGGUGCUGCGGCUGACCUUCUGCACCCACUUGGCAAUCCCCCACUUCUUCUGCGAACUGAACCAGGUGGUCCACCUGGCCUGCUCGGACACCUUCCCCAACGACGUGGUGAUCUACUUUGGCGUGCUGCUGCUGGUGUGCUUUCCCCUGGCGGGCAUCCUGUAUUCCUAUUCCCAGAUCGUGUCUUCCAUCCGGGCCAUCUCGUCGGCCGAGGGCAAGUACAAGGCCUUCUCCACCUGCGCAUCUCACCUCUCCGUGGUCUCUUUAUUCUACUGCACCGUCCUCGGGGUGUACCUCAGCUCUGCGGUGACCCAAAAUUCUCACUCCAUUGCCAUCGCCUCGGUGAUGUACAGCGUGGUCACCCCCAUGCUGAACCCCUUCAUCUACAGCCUGAGGAACCAAGAUCUCAAGAGCGCCCUGAGAAGACUCUGUACCUGA